CGCUUUUCUUAAAGGUGGAAAGUAGGACAGAACAAGAUCAGUUUAAAGAUGCAUGAAGAUCAAGCGAAAUGAGAGAGUAAGAGGAGGAGCACUGCACAAUGACAUCAAUCUAGAGAUCAUAGAGAUUUACUCAACACCGGAGGACGAACAAGCCAGAUGGUGAAGGUACAGAGGGAAAAAAUCGCCGUAUGCAUGACCUGUCCUUUAUGCAAUAAGCUCUUCGAAGACGCCACCACGAUAUCAGAGUGCCUUCACACCUUUUGCAGGAAUUGCAUAUACGAGAAGUUAACAGAUGAGGAGUUGAAUCACUGCCCCGUGUGCAAUAUAGAUUUAGGUUGUGCUCCACUGGAGAAAUUAAGGGCAGACCACACUUUGCAAGGCUUAAGGGCUAAAGUCUUCCCUUUUGGAGAAAAAGCUGAUUCACCUGAGGUGAUGCCCUCAGUUCCAUGUUCAGGAAAAAGGAAGGAGAGAUCUCUCUCUUCAUUGGGGGUCAGCACACCUAGACUAUCAGCCCGGCCCGGUCUGAUUGGAAGAAGAUUAAAAUCUGCUGCAAGAAAGUCCCUUGUUCUACAAGACUCUAAUCUUUUUGUUGAUGAAUCUGUUAGAAAGGAGGAAGACAAUAAGAAAGUGGGAAUUUGCCAUAAUCCUUCUAAUGCUGAGUCAUCUAAGCAAUACAUGUCUAAUAAAGGUAUUGACUAUCCUGAACCAUGUGAAGGGAAAACUGAUUUGUGGAAAUCCAUAAAUUGCCUGGUGGAAGCUGCAAACAAAACGAAAUCUGUUAAAUUUACUGUAAAUGGUACAUUGGCAAAACCGGCACUGCCUGAUGCUCAUGACAAUGAAUCAGAUGUGCCUAAAGCCAAAAGAAAGAGACAUGGUCAUAAAUCAAAAGGCCAUGGUGAUGGAAAUGACCCAUCUUCUGUACCAUCAGGAUCAAUGAAACCUAGAAAGUUCCAAGGUUCUCGACAAAGAAAAGCUGCUGCCUCUGAGGGGUUGCAUAUUACAGGACAAGCUCUUGAUGUGAAUAGCAGGCAUGACAGAAGACUUAGUCCAAUCUGGUUUGCAUUAGUUGCUUCUAAUGACAAGGAUGGAUAUGCACCCCUGCCACAGAUAUCCUCCUGCUACUUGCGGGUUAAGGAUGGUAGUUUACCCGUUUCAUUUAUCAAAAAGUAUCUUGUGAAAAAACUGGAUCUUGAUAGUGAGGCUGAGGUGGAGAUCUUGUUGCGUGGUCAACCACUGAUUUCUACACAGCAACUUCACAACUUGGUAGACUUGUGGCUGCAGACAAAACCAAUAUCAGAAAGAAUAUCGGCAUCUGUGGGCAGCUCAGCCAAGUAUUUUGUAAUGGUUCUGUCUUAUAUUCGGAAGAUAGCCACAUGAAUAUGCUUCAAUGAUGUUUUUAGUUAGAGGCACCACUUUGAGGCAGCAUGAGUCUUUCCGGCAUACAUGAAUUGGCGUGGAAAAUCUUAAAUUUCUUCUGUUUUAUUAAGACCACGCAUACAUAUACGUGCUAUAUAUACAUGGCGCGCCAUGUGUCGUGACUCGUGGACAUGUCAGGGUUUAUCUUCCUUAAUUGACAAAAACUUGCUUCUACUGAAAUGAAUGAAGUAUUAUGGAA